AAAGAAUUUUUGAUUUUUACUAUUAUUUUGUUUGUUUUCCCGGCAACAGCCAACAACAACAAGACAAAGACCAAUACCACUCAAAAACCCUAAUUUUCCCGUUUCAACCAUUCACCAAAAUCAAGGGUUAGUCCUUCAACUUCAAUGGCGGAGGACCGUAAAGAUGGGAGUGAUUACAGUUCAGAGGAUGAAGGAACUGAAGAUUACAGACGCGGUGGAUAUCAUGCGGUUCAAAUUGGUGACACUUUCAAACAUGGGUGUUAUGUGAUUCAAAGUAAACUUGGUUGGGGUCAUUUUUCCACUGUUUGGCUUGCUUGGGAUACUCAGAAAUUGCGAUAUGUUGCUUUAAAAAUUCAAAAGAGUGCUCAGCACUACACGGAAGCGGCAAUGGAUGAAAUCAAGAUUCUUAAACAAAUUGCUGAAGGGGAUCUAGAGGACAAGAAAUGUGUUGUGAAGCUUUUGGACCACUUUAAACAUUCAGGGCCUAAUGGCCAGCACGUUUGUAUGGUUUUUGAAUUCCUUGGUGAUAAUCUUCUCACACUUAUCAAGUAUAGUGAUUAUCGUGGGGUUCCCCUUUCCAUGGUCAAAGAAAUUUGUUACCAUGUUUUGGUUGGUUUGGAUUAUUUGCAUCGCCAGCUUUCUAUAAUACACACUGAUUUGAAGCCGGAAAAUGUCUUGCUUAUCUCUCCAAUUGAUCCAUCCAAGGAUCCUAUAAAAUCAGGAGUCCCACUUGUACUUCCAAACACCAAGAGCAAGACUGUAUCCAAGAAUGGGACCGCAAAAGAUGAUAAGAGUUCAAAUGGAGAUCUAACGAAGAACCAGAAAAAGAAAAUGCGGAAAAAAAAGGCCAAAAAAGCAGCUCAGAAGGAAGGUUCUGAGGUAGCAGAGGAGGAUUCUGAAGCACCUGAGCAAGAUAAUUGUAGUAAUGAUGUGAAACCAAAUGCCGAAAAUGGUGAAAGUAAAUCUGAUAGUCCCACAAGUAAAGAUGAAUCAGCAAAGACUAAUGAAAUUAAAGAUGUUCCACAAGGAAGUAACGUCUCUAGAAGAGGUAGCCGCUCUACCAGAAAAAAGUUGCUCGAAGCUGUUGAUCUUAAGUGCAAACUGGUGGAUUUUGGCAAUGCUUGUUGGACGUAUAAACAAUUUACAAAUGAUAUUCAGACUAGGCAGUAUAGAUGUCCUGAGGUUCUUCUUGGUUCUAAAUACUCAACACCAGCUGAUAUGUGGUCCUUUGCUUGCAUUUGCUUUGAGCUUGCCACUGGCGAUGUUCUUUUUGAUCCUCACAGUGGUGAUAACUAUGACAGGGAUGAGGAUCAUCUAGCAUUGAUGAUGGAGCUUCUUGGAAUGAUGCCUCGCAAGAUUGCACUUGGCGGCCGUUAUUCCCGGGACUUUUUCAAUAGAUAUGGUGAUUUGAGACACAUCCGCCGGUUACGAUUCUGGCCUAUUACAAAGGUGCUGAUGGAGAAGUAUGAUUUCAGCGAGCAAGAUGCAAGUGACAUGUCUGACUUCCUUGUUCCAUUACUUGACUUUGUUCCUGAAAAAAGGCCAACGGCCGCUCAGUGCCUUACUCAUCCAUGGAUGAGUGCAGGUCCUCGGACUCUUGAGCCCUCACUGACUAACGUGCAACCUGAUGCUAUCAACGGAGAAAAGUCUAUAAAGGUGAAGGAAAAAACCGAGCAGGAGGCCGUGGAAGUUAGUAUGGGAAAUAUGGCCAUUGAUGGAACUCCAAAACCACUCAAAGAUUUCCAAUCUUCAAAACCAUCGGAAUAGACGCAAACUGGCUUGUGUCGGUGGUUUAUGCAACCUUUUACUUUAUAUGGUAAUUGGUAAGUCUUGAUGGUCCUUGUAGCAUGAUAUUCUAUUUAAAUGUUCCAAAGCAUUAUGUGCAAAUGGGUCAUACUUAGAGGUUAUGAUUUGAGAGACCGUUCACAUGGUAGGGCAAAGGAAGCUGGAUGCUUAUUACAAUGGAGUUAUGCCACUUCUUUCACCUCUUACAAAACAGUGUCAAGAAGUAGUUCAUGAAUCAUAGAGAGUGCACUAGUUCAUGAAUCAUAAUCACGAGAUAUUUUAUUUUUUUGGAGAGUUUGUUUGAUAUUUAUCCCUAGAUUAGAUGCUCAUCUUACAAAAUGUUAUAUUUUAGGAGUUUGAACUGUACAUUUUGAAUGAGUUUUUUUUUUUUGUAUCUAUAUCAGAUUUUGUUGCAGUAGACCAUCUUUUGUUUCUUAA